ACCCUUAACCCGGGGUGCGGCUGGCUAUCCACCGGCCUCCCCUCCGCUGUCACGCAGCGCCAUCUUUGCCGCCACACUUGUCUUUGAAAGGAACCCGUCCGCCCGAGACUUUUUGCGCCGCGAGCUUGGUCACGUGCGUGCCGGCCCCGCCCUGGCCGCCUAUAAGAAUCCGCCGGCCCUGUGUCUCCCAAAUCAGACCGCGCUUUCUUCCUUGCCCAUCGCCGGUUCCCUGAGCUCCCACCCGCCGACGUUCGUCAGCGCCGGCCAGGUUGGAUCCAUGGCGGAGAAGAAGGUUGUGCUGAAGCUGGACGUGCACGACGACAGGCAGAAGCAGAAGGCGAUGCAGGUCGUCUCCACCCUCCAAGGCAUCGACCAUAUCGCCGUGGACAUGAAGGACCAGAAGAUGACGGUCAUCGGCACCGUCGACCCCGUCGUCCUCGUCGAAAGGCUGCGCAGCAAGUUCCCCAUGGCACAGAUGAUCUCCGUCGGCCCGGCCAAGGAGGAGAAGAAGGACGGCGCCAAGAAGGAAGGCGAGAAGAAGGAGGGCGAGAAGAAGGCGCAGGUGGUGUACCCGCCUCCGUUCUGGUACCCGCCGCCGCCGUACCACCACGCCUGCAGCGCCGACGAGGACCCCAACUCGUGCAUCAUCUCCUAGUCGGCGCGCGCCACCGAUUUCCUCCUCUGUUGCAGAUGUAGAAUGGAAUCACAGUGUGAAGAAAAAUUAAAUAGAACUGCCCACUUGGAAUUUUCAGUGAAUUCGGUGACAAGUAAGUGCUGAAAUAAAUAAACCGGAGGUGCGGCAGCUUGAGCGAGUCA